AUGAAUGCGUGUUCUUGCCUCUACAUACAUGGUCGUUUUUGCGAGUCUGUAUUUGUAGACACUUCAAAUUUUUCCAACAGGCCCGAUCUUUCAAGCAUGUGGGGGUCUACUUUCGACGACCAGGAUGAGGAUGACAAAAGUGUGGCUGUUAUGAAAAGGCAAUUCCUCGAGGAACCUGCCAUAAGCAACUUCACAUUCCCGCAACCGCCGCUAGGUAUUCAGGCUAAAGAUUUUGUAUCUGCCCAUUUUGGAAAAGAUGCCAAGAACAUGCAAUUCCGUCGGGGUACGACAACGCUUGCUUUCGUUUAUGAACCGGCAACCGCCAAUGACCAGGGUGGUAUCGUAGUCGCCGUAGACUCACGAGCAUCCUCUGGAGAGUACAUCUCUUCCAAAUCCGUGAUGAAAAUUCUGGACAUCGGAGAUCAUAUGGUUGCCACCAUGGCUGGAGGAGCUGCUGAUUGCCAAUUCUGGACAAGAACUGUAGCAAAAUAUUGCAACUUAUUCGAGCUACGAGAGAAGACGCAGAUUACCGUAGCCGCAGCUAGCAAGUACUUUGCUAAUGUUCUUUACAAUUAUCGCGGAAUGGGACUCUCUGUGGGUUCCAUGAUUGCUGGAUAUGACAAGAGAGGCCCACAAAUUUUCAAGGUGAGAUUUUUUUACUGCUUUUCAUUUGUUUUAUUGAUUCCAUUCUAUGUUUCUGCAUGUUCCUUGCCCUAUGCUUUUGAAAUUGAGAAAAUGUAGGA